AUGACCCGGUCAUCAUUCUUUUCCCUCUUUCGUCAACCGCUCCGUAAGACGAAGCGGGUUGAGAAAAGCGUGCAACAGCAUAGAGGCCUACCAUUGAUCGAAACUCCUAUUGAUGAGCGAGACGAGCACUCUCCACAUUUCUAUCGUCAUUCAGAUGCCACACCCAUUGAACUCUUCUUUGAUCUGUUCUUCGUGGCGAAUCUCUCCUCGUUCACCGCUACUCAUGAGAUCAAUAAUGUCGAAGCUCUUGGAGCUUACAUAGGUUUUCUCGGGGUCAUAUGGUUUACCUGGCUCCAGAUCACUCUGUUUGAUAUUCGAUUUGCCCGAGACUCGGUGUUCGAACGGAUUUGCAAGGCUACUCAAUUGGCUGCCAUGGUCGGUUUUGCCUCCGCGGGUACACGGUUCACGACACAUAUCCGGGACGAGAACGUUUGGGCUUUUCAAUCGUUGAGUCUCCUACUUGGCGGAAGUCGGAUCUUAUUGGCUGUACAGUAUACUAUCAAUAUAUGCUUGAUCCAUAGGCGGAUGAAGGCUGCUGCCAAAGGACUGGCGAUCAUAGUCGCAGCAUUACUCGCUUCAAGCUUGGUAUAUCUGGGGAUGUACUUUACCUUUCGAGAACAUCAUGGACUCCACACCUAUGUUUGGACGGUUUGGUUUGCUCUGUUUGGGUUCGAGAUGUGGAUGGUGAUGGGAGUGUCUUACAUGAUUCCAGAAAUUGGCUUUCAAGACACUCAUCUGAGUGUCAGAAUGGGCCUCCUUACGUUGAUUAUUAUCGGCGAAGGCGUCAUAGCUGUCACUAGAAUUGCCAACAAAACAGUUCGCCCAGGUGGCUGGACCAAGUGGUCGUUUGUCCACAUAUUGGGUGUCACCACCAAUGUGUAUUUUCUUUGGCAGACGUAUUCUGAUCUUUCUCCGCGAGGUGUCCUUGGCAGGAUCUCUCAGCAAAUUUGGGCUCAGCUGCAUUUUCCGUUCCACGUGGCCCUCAUUCUCCUUCUUGAGGGAUCGCAGAUUCUCGCUCUGACUCUGGACGUAGCCUUGAAGCUCACAUACUUGACGGAGACGAUUCUGUUCGCCUGCGAAGAUCCGCGGCCGAAGGCGGAGGUCGCCAUCAGAUUGCUGCGAAGCACCAUUUCUGAUAUGGAAAUCGACUACGGCCGUGGUGCUAUCAAGGAGAAAGCCGUGAUCUCGGAGAUUUUGGAGGAUCUACCAAAUUUGCCGCUGUGUCCAAGCAAUGAGGCGACUCUCUACUCCCUGACGAAUGAUCGUAUCAAUGAUCUGGUUGGCAACGUAACCGCGGCUUUAUUCUCCAGCAUGGGGAUCACUCCAACGGAGGGCAAAGACAUCAGUCAGCUGAACAAUAGUCAGCUACUUCGGAUGUAUGUAGAAGUCUUGGGGUUUGUCUAUGUGUACUUUUUCGUUGUUGCGUCAAUCACGAUGUUUCUAUUUGCGGCUUUUGUUCUGCUGGCGAACCGCCACUAUCGCAAGCUCUACGCCGGGAUCGGCAUUGCCAUUCGCCUAAUACUCGCAGUUUUCCUACUGGGUAUGGUUUCCUUCGUCCGCCAUUUUGCGUUGGCAUACUCUUUCAUGACUUCUCCAACCAUAUUAUACGCCUUUACGUUCAUACUUCUGCUAGGUGAGCCUUUAUCAUUCUCUCGUAUCAAUGCCGCUUCCAAGUAUUUUAAUCCGAAUGUAGUGCUUUUGGUCGACCGACUGUUGGACCGCUUCCAAGAACGCCGCGAGGCAAAAGCUGUCCGGGAAUGCAAUGCCAAAGCCAUUUCAUCGUGCCCCAAAAUGGUCGUCCUUGAUUCAUCCUCUUAUCGGAUCACCAUCAGUCAGGAGCGUCUAACAUCGGAUGGUCGGGUGGCAAGCCUGAACAGUUGA